GAAGAGCCACUGAGGAUGAGAGCUGUCAUCUGCCUCUGAAGAGGGGAAUCCCUCCACCCCCAAACUCCAGUACCAGGUGGUUCCCUCCCUUUGCCGGGGGAACCCUGGAGACAGAACCCAGAAGUACCAUGGCUUCUGACCUGGAGAGCAGCCUCACCUCCAUAGACUGGCUCCCCCAGCUGACCCUCCGAGCUACCAUUGAGAAGCUGGGAAGUGCUUCCCAGGCUGGGCCUCCCGGGAGCAGCCGCAAGUGUUCACCAGGCUCUCCCACAGAUCCUAAUGCCACCCUUAGCAAAGACGAGGCAGCAGUUCACCAGGACGGCAAGCCACGGUACAGCUAUGCCACCCUCAUCACCUAUGCCAUCAACUCCUCUCCAGCCAAGAAGAUGACCCUCAGCGAGAUUUACCGCUGGAUCUGCGAUAACUUUCCCUAUUACAGGAACGCUGGCAUCGGCUGGAAGAAUUCAAUACGGCACAACCUUUCUCUCAACAAGUGCUUCCGGAAGGUGCCCAGACCUCGGGAUGACCCUGGGAAGGGUUCCUACUGGACAAUCGAUACCUGCCCUGACAUCUCCCGAAAGAGAAGACACCCUCCAGAUGAUGACCUGUCCCAAGACUCACCGGAACAGGAGGCAAGUAAGAGCCCACGGGGAGGCAUGCCAGGGAGCGGAGAAGCCUCGCUGCCUCCCGAGGGGAAUCCGCAGAUGUCACUUCAGAGCCCCGCAUCUAUUGCUAGCUACAGCCAGGGCACAGGAUCUGUGGAUGAUGGAGCAGUGGCAGCAGGGGCUUCAGGCCGAGAAAGUGCUGAGGGUCCUCCUCCCCUCUAUAACACCAACCAUGACUUUAAAUUCUCCUACUCAGAGAUCAACUUUCAGGAUCUAAGCUGGUCCUUCCGCAACCUCUAUAAAUCCAUGCUGGAGAAGUCCUCUUCCUCCUCUCAGCACGGCUUUUCGUCUCUCCUGGGGGACCUGCCACCCUCCAACAACUACUACAUGUAUCAGCAGCAGCAGCCACCGCCACCUCAGCAGCAGCAGCAGCCGCCGCCACAGCCACCGCCCCAGCAAUCCCAGCCGCCGCAGCAGCAGGCACCUGCCCAGGGCCCCUCCGCUGUAGGGGGUGCUCCUCCACUGCACACCCCAAGCCCAGAUGGUUGUACCCCACCAGGGGGAAAGCAAGCUGGGGCGGAAGGCUAUGGGCCUCCCCCGGUGAUGGCCAUGCAUCCACCCCCACUGCAGCAUGGAGGCUACCACCCUCAUCAGCACCAUACCCACUCCCACCCUGCCCAGCAGCCCCCACCUCCACAGCCACAGGCACAAGGCCAGGCUCCCAUCAACAGCACUGGCUUUGCCUUUCCUUCUGACUGGUGCUCUAAUAUUGACUCUUUAAAGGAAAGCUUCAAGAUGGUGAAUCGACUCAAUUGGUCCAGCAUUGAGCAGUCACAGUUCUCAGAACUGAUGGAGAGUCUACGACAGGCGGAGCAGAAGAACUGGACCCUCGACCAGCAUCACAUCGCCAAUCUGUGUGACUCCCUCAACCACUUCCUUACUCAGACUGGUCAUGUGCCCCCCCAAGGGGGUACCCACCGGCCACCAGCCCCUGCCCGUAUUGCCGACUCUUGUGCCCUCACCAGUGGCAAACAGGAGUCCGCCAUGAGCCAAGUGAACUCUUAUGGGCACCCACAAGCUCCGCACCUCUACACAGGCCCAUCACCAAUGUACCCAAUCCCCACCCAGGACUCAGCAGGCUACAAUCGCCCAGCACACCAUAUGGUUCCUCGGCCCCCAGGGCCACCUCCUGGUGCCAAUGAGGAGAUCCCUGAUGACUUCGACUGGGACUUGAUCACUUAGUGCAUCACAGAGUGUGGACAUCAGCCCAGAGCCGAGUGGUGAAGCCUGGCAGUGGGGAGAGAGCAAUCCCAGCCCUUCCCUUCUCCCCACCCCCAUCUGUAUAUAGACAUAUAUCGUCUUUUUGUCCUUUCUCUGUCAGAGAAGCCACCGCAAGAUGCUGCCGAAGAUAACCCCCCUUUCCUGCCUCGUUCUUCUCUUUUCCUUCCUGUUUUUUCCCUAGUUCUUUUAUUAUUAUUCUUAUAUUAUUAUUAUUAUUAUUAUUAUUGGUUAUAUACUGUCCGCUGUCUCCUGUCCCUACACCAUGGGUCAUGUUCACCUCUUGCUAAUGUAAAAUCAUCAGGCUGGAAGAAGAAGCCACAACAGCGACAGAGAAAGGUCUCAAACUCUGGUUUACCUUUCUCUUGGAGAAACUUAAUGCUAAUCCCACCUUUUGGUCCUAAAUUAUUUUUUUGUUCCUAAAUUAUUUUUUUGUUCCCUUCAGUUUCAGGCCAGGACUGGAGAGGCCACACGAUCAAGUAGAAAGGGUCUGAAACAUGGCUUGGCAGCCAAGAAUUUGGAGAUUUUUAAAUGGUGCUAAUUCUGUCCCCCGAGAUCUUCCUUGUCCCUUUAUACUGUCAAUCCUGACUUCUGCCAGUCUGCGUUUCCUAUCAAGGGCAAAAGCGAUGAUGGUGGUGCAGGAGGGCGACGCUGAAACCCUGGUGGAAUCGGGGACCUGGGUGGAAGAGAUGGAACAUAAGUCAGUGUGAAACUGGGUGCGCUCUGCCGUGGUGCCUCUGUGUCCGUUGGCUGAUUUGAGCCCAUUCUCUAAGAAGAUAGGAUUGGUUUUAGCCCAGACUCUGCUUCUGUGGUAGGGCAUGAGGACAACUAUUCAGCAUAGUUUUAGCUUCUUGGAGAUAAUUCCAACUUAACUCUUUUUUUUUUUUUUUCCUGAGAUGGAGUUUCGCUCUUGUU